AUGCGAGGAGAGAGAAUAUGUGAUGUUGAAAAUGCUGAUGAUAAUGUCUACUCUGAAACUGUGGAACCAACUCUAACAUCUAUUCUUCAAGAGCCGGGUAUAAUUCUUUUUAAUAAUGAACAAGGCUUUUCUGCUCAGAACAUCGGAGCUCUUUGUGAUUUUGGAAGCUCGACCAAAAAAGUAUCUGCUGGAUAUAUGGGGAAGAAAGGCAUUGGCUUCAAAUCUGUGUUUCAGGUUACAGAUGCUCCUGAGGUUCAUUCCAAUGGGUUUCAUGUCAAGUGUGAUAUAAGUGAUGGUUGGAUAGGUUUUGUUUUGCCAACUCUAGUACCUUCUUGUAAUGUUGACUCUUUUGAAAUGCUGUUGAGUGGAGACAAUAAUCAACUGGAUAAUAAAUGUUGGAACACAUGCUUUGUACCAGAAACAUCUAAAGGAAAUGAUGUUUGA